GCAGCUGCCUGUAAUCUUAGUAUUGGGAGGGAAAGGCAGGAAGAUCAGAAGUUCAAGUCACCCUUGUCUGCACAGCGAGUUAAGGCCAGUUUAGGACCGUGAAUUCACAAAAACAAAAAAGAAGACCACCUUGAGACUUUGCCCCGGCCCAGCUAAGGCCUCCCAGCACAGGAGUGACUCCUGACCAUGCCUGUGUCUGUGGCGCCAGACAGGCUCCUACAUUGGUCUCCUGUCCUGAUACAGGGUUUCCUGUUAGCUACUGGUGGAUGGGGGCGUGGUGGGAACAGAGGACUUCCAUUGGAAAGUGGAUACAUAGGAAUUGCUUGCCUCUGUUGGAGAUGGGUAGGGAAGAGGCAGGAAAAAAGAGAAGGCCCCUCCCUAUGCCCUUUCAACAGCAACUGUCCCUCAGACUCGCAGGAGCCCAGGGGACUCUCUGAGAGGCUUGCUUUGAUGGCUGCCACAGGUCCCAGGCUUAGCAGGCCUUCUUUCCGCUUCUUUUCUUUCCAGGCAAGAAUUAAGGUUCUUGUGCCCAGUGGCACCUUACCCUGGGGACACUGAGUCCAUUCCCCCAUUCCUCUGUCUAUGCUAAGUCUCCCCAGGCUCCCCUACAGCUCACCCACUGUUCCCAGGCAUCUUAUCAGCAGCGAAGGCAGCUGGCCUUUCUCUCAGGGGCCAGUGGAGGUGUGAGCCUGGGGGCUCUGUGACCCAGGCUUCCGGUUUUCUUUUCUGGCCAAGGGCGACUCAGCUGCCUAGUGGGGCAAAGAAGGUUUAACUAAGGAUAUGUUCUACAUCCCAGAUGCUACAGGGGUCACGUGUCCCAGGGUUCAGAGCCUAUGGCCCAGGCACACAUGCGGUCCUGUAGGUAUGUGGGAGGCCUCUGGGGCCUCGGAGUAGGCAGAGUUUGGGAAAGGACACGAAGAUGUACAGAUAGGCCCAUUCUGGGUCCCAGAAUGACUAAAUAUGGGUAGGGGCAAUACACUGUGGAAAGGCUGGCGGGUACAGGCUGUAGCAGGUACACUGGGAUGGCAGUGUAUAAGGUCUUGUUUGUCCCUGAAGCUUGGAAGACUGGCUGUGCUGGGGCAGGGGGGGCGGGGAGGAAGCUCACCAGCCUCCUAAGAGCAGAAUGAUGUAAUCUCUAAGACCCGAGGAGAACAUGAUGAGCCCACUGUGUCUUACCUGCUGGGAUGGUCCUCCCUCUUCUUGCCUGCUCCUUACUGCUGAGCCCCCUAGAUCUGGGAUCCCUCAGAGUAUGGUAGCUCUAACGCAGGGCUCAAUCUUUUCACGAGCUGAGACAAGCCCAGGAGGAUAGAACUCUGCCUCCUCUUUAUCCCCUUCCUCCCUGCUCUUAGUGAUGCAGACUGGCCUCUACUCUGCCUCUUGGGACCCUGAGGCCUUUCUACACCCUUCUGCCAGAGGGCUCCCUGAAGCCAGAACUCACACAGGUCUCCAUUGAGGACAUUCAGGAGGUACGGAUGGGGCACCGCACCGAAGGCCUGGAGAAGUUUGCCCGUGACAUACCCGAAGACCGCUGCUUCUCCAUCGUCUUCAAGGACCAGCGCAAUACACUAGACCUCAUUGCCCCGUCAUCGGCUGACGCGCAGCACUGGGUGCAGGGCCUGCGUAAGAUCAUCCAUCACUCGGGCUCCAUGGACCAGCGUCAGAAGCUACAGCACUGGAUUCACUCCUGCUUGCGAAAAGCUGACAAAAACAAGGACAACAAAAUGAACUUCAAGGAACUGAAGGAUUUCUUGAAGGAACUCAACAUACAGGUGGACGACAGCUAUGCCAGGAAGAUCUUCAGGGAAUGUGACCACUCCCAGACAGACUCGCUGGAGGACGAGGAGAUUGAGACCUUCUACAAGAUGCUGACCCAGCGCGCGGAGAUCGACCGAGUCUUUGCCGAGGCUGCAGGAUCAGCGGAGACCCUGUCCGUGGAAAAGCUCGUCACGUUCCUGCAGCAUCAGCAGCGGGAGGAGGCCGCAGGGCCAGCACUGGCCCUCUCCCUCAUUGAGCGCUACGAACCCAGUGAGACUGCCAAGGCGCAGCGGCAGAUGACCAAGGACGGCUUCCUCAUGUACUUGCUGUCCGCCAACGGCAGCGCCUUCAACCUGGCGCACCGCCGUGUCUACCAGGACAUGGGCCAGCCACUCAGCCACUACUUAGUGUCUUCUUCCCACAACACCUACCUGCUGGAAGACCAGCUCAGAGGGCCCAGCAGCACGGAGGCCUACAUCCGGGCUCUGUGCAAAGGCUGUCGCUGCCUGGAGCUCGACUGCUGGGAUGGUCCCAAUCAGGAACCUAUCAUCUACCACGGCUACACUUUCACCUCCAAGAUUCUUUUCUGUGACGUGCUCAGGGCCAUCCGGGACUAUGCCUUCAAGGCAUCCCCCUACCCAGUCAUCCUGUCCCUGGAGAACCACUGCAGUCUGGAGCAGCAGCGAGUGAUGGCGCUUCACCUGAAGGCUAUCCUGGGGCCCAUGCUGUUGGACCAGCCCCUGGAGGGGGUUACCAUGAGCUUGCCUUCCCCUGAGCAACUGAAGGGCAAGAUCCUGCUGAAAGGGAAGAAGUUUGGAGGGCUGCUUCCUGCUGGAGGGGAAAACGGGCCUGAGGCCACUGAUGUGUCCGACGAAGAUGAAGCCGCGGAAAUGGAGGACGAGACCGUGCGGAGCCAAGUGCAGCAGAAGCCCAAGGAGGAUAAGCUAAAGCUGGCGCCUGAGCUCUCUGACAUGGUCGUUUACUGCAAGAGUGUCCACUUUGGUGGCUUCUCCAAUCCUAGCACCUACGGGCAGGCAUUCUAUGAGAUGGCUUCCUUCUCUGAGAACCGUGCCCUCCGGCUGCUCCAGGAGUCAGGAAAUAGUUUUGUCCGCCACAACGUGAACCACCUGAGCAGGAUCUACCCAGCUGGGAGAAGAACAGACUCCUCCAACUACAGUCCUGUGGAGAUGUGGAAUGGGGGCUGCCAGAUCGUGGCUCUCAACUUCCAAACCCCUGGGCCAGAGAUGGAUGUAUACCUGGGCCGCUUCCAGGACAAUGGGGCCUGUGGGUAUGUGCUGAAACCUGCCUUCCUGAGAGACCCCAACACCACCUUCAACUCACGUGCCCUGACUCAGGGGCCCUGGUGGGCUCGGAAGAGGCUCCGUGUCCGGAUCAUCUCAGGACAGCAGCUGCCAAAAGUCAACAAGAGCAAGAAUUCAAUCGUGGACCCCAAGGUGAUAGUGGAGAUCCACGGUGUGAGCCGGGACGUGGCCAGCCGCCAGACCGCAGUGAUUACCAAUAAUGGUUUCAACCCCUGGUGGGACACGGAGUUUGAGUUUGAGGUGGCCGUGCCUGACCUUGCCCUUGUACGCUUUGUAGUAGAGGACUACGAUGCCUCCUCCAAGAACGACUUUAUUGGCCAGAGUACUAUCCCCUGGAGCAGCCUCAAGCAGGGGUACCGCCACGUCCACCUCUUGUCUAAGAACGGAGACCAGCAUCCGUCAGCCACACUGUUUGUGAAGAUUUCCCUCCAGGACUAAGCCUGGGGGUGGGUGAGGUCCACUCUGAGUGGGCCAUGCUGUGUCCACCCCCGGGGCAAGUCUGGCAUUGUUGCACCAACUUCUGAUGUGGAGCACGAGGGCCUGAACUGUCUUUAGCUCUAAUACAUCAACUGUGCUUCCUGCCUCUCUGGGGACCCAGGAGCAGUCCAGUCCCUGGAGUGGCCAGACUUCCGUUAGGAACAACACUGCAGCCCUCCCGCUAGCUGUCUGAAGGUUGUGAGUUUUUAUAAA